AUACUAUUGACGGCCUAAACGCUUGGUGCUGCUACACCGUCUCUUUUGGCGGCAAUGGGUAGAUCAACGGAAAAACUCCCGACUUUUCAUCUCUGCCUGACAGCGUCUCUUCCAGCAUAAUCCUGCCGGUGAUUCUGCAUCUAGCGCUUCAAAUCGCCUCGAAAAGGCAAGCAAAGCAGAUAUGCUAUAAUCUCUGAGCUCAAGAAUGCCACCAUGGCCCUUAUAUACCUGAAUGAAGGCAACAGAAGCGUCGGGGGCGUCUCCGAAUCAACUCUGGAUUUCAUCGAGACAUUCGCCUCCUCCCCACAUGACUGAAAAAAAAAAAAAAAAAAAAAAAAAAAGGGUUCUGCCCAUGAGGUAGCAUCGACUUCGCUCUAUUUAUUCACCCAUCCCCCCUUCUCUCUCCACACCCCUCUCUCAAUUCUGGGAAGUGAACCGGUCGACAAAUCUGGCUUCGGGAUCACCGUGACUCUUCCACCAUGGAUCCUCAGGAUUCGGAGAAGGCGGAGCUUGAGAGCACUAACCGUCCUCACUCCGUCGACUAUGGCAACCGUGCCUUUCGCUCGGCCUCGCUCUCCUCUUCAGAUACCUCGUUCACCUCAGACUCCGGAUCCACCCAGCAUGGCCAUUACCUCGAGCAAAUCCAGACGGCUCAGACUCAGCAGAGUGUCGGUCUCGAGCGGCAUCUCACAGCCCUGAGCCGUAUCGCAACUCAGCGAAGCCAGCACAGUGCAACCGUUGGUGCUGGGCCCAAAACUCGUGUUCCUAAAACCCCCCUGCCGGAAUUCGGAGCUGGCAAGCCGUAUCCUCCUGCCUUACCGGAGAGGGAAGAGUAUGUCGUGGAAUUCGCGGGACCGGACGACCCCUUGCACCCGCAGAAUUGGACGCCCAAGAAAAAGCUUGCCACGUCCGUCAUGCUGGCGUGGACGACAUUCAACUCCUCUUUCACCAGCUCCAUUUUCUCCACAGCCAUCAGCGUCAUAUCGCCCGAAUUCCAUGUCAAUGCCGAGGUUGGGACGCUUGGCCUAUCCCUGUAUGUGCUCGGGUUUGCGACCGGCCCGAUCUUGUGGGCUCCUAUGUCUGAGCUUUACGGCCGACGGCUGCCUAUCAUCAUCGGUAUGUUUGGCUUCACUCUGUUCCAGUUUGCGGUGGCGACGGCAAAGGACCUCCAGACGAUUAUGCUCUGCCGCUUCUUCGGUGGUUUCUUCGGAGCCUGUCCAAUCGCGGUGGUUGCCGCUGUCUUUUCUGACAUCUUCGGCAACCGUACCCGAGGCAUUGCCAUCACCGUUUUCACCAUGACCGUUUUCAACGGUCCGUUGUUCGCCCCGUUCAUCGGUGGAUUUCUUGUAGAAAGCUAUCUGGGCUGGCGCUGGACCGAGUAUCUGUCGGGCAUCAUGGGCGCCUCCGCUUUUGUUUUGGAUCUCUUCUUCAUGGAAGAGACGUACCCGCCGGUCGUACUCGUCCAGAAAGCGGCGGAGCUGCGUCGGCGGACGAAGAACUGGGGCAUUCACGCCAAGCAAGAAGAGAUCGAGAUUGACUUCCGAGAACUGCUGGAGAAGAACUUGGCUCGGCCUAUUAAGAUCCUGUUCAUCGAGCCGAUCGUCCUGUCCUUGAGUAUAUACAUGGCCUUCAUCUAUGGUCUGCUCUACCUCUUCAUGACUGCCUAUCCCAUUGUCUUCCAACAGAUCCACGGAUUUAGCAAAGGUAUCGGUGGUCUUCCCUAUUUCGGUAUGAUCAUCGGCGAGUUUCUCGGUGGCAUCGCGAUCCUCCUGUGCCAGCCAUGGUACAACCGAAAGCUCGAUUCCAACCACGGGAUUCCCAUUCCUGAAUGGCGUCUGCCUCCCGCUAUCGCCGGAGGCUUCGCCUUCUCCGCCGGUCUCUUCUGGUUUGGAUGGUCAGGUUUCAAGGCCGAGAUCCAUUGGAUUGUACCGACGGCGUCCGGGAUUCUGACCGGAUUUGGUCUUCUGACCAUCUUCCUACAGUGCAUGAACUAUAUCGUUGACGCGUAUCUUGUCUUCGCUGCCUCUGCACUGGCUGCGAAUUCAAUUAUGCGUUCAACCGCCGGGGGUGGAUUCCCCCUCUUCGCAACGUACAUGUUCAAUUCGAUGGGAGUCAACUGGGCCGGAACUCUGCUUGGCUGUGUCGCUGCCGCUCUGAUUCCCCUCCCCAUCCUCUUCUACUUGUACGGGCAUAAGAUCCGAGCCAAAAGCAAAUUCGCAACCGAUUAUCUGCCCGCCGUUCAAGCUGUCCAGGAUGAGGAGAAUGAUGCGGCUUGAAGACUGCCCUCCUUGGUUUCCAACUCAACAACUCCAAAAGACAUUUUGCUGGUUUUGUUAAAAAUAUUUCCAUCUCCUGCUCUAGAUAUGGGCUAUAAUCCAGCGUCCCUUCUGUCUGUUUUCGCCGUCAUCACAGUAUAGAUACCCCCGGUUUGCAUCUUUGGCGCUUGUUUUAGACGUGUCUGCAAGAGAAGAUAAAAGAGCCUUUGCAUGCAGUGGCGUUCAUCUUUCUGUUUCUUUUUGUCGUGGUCAGCAUUAGCAUGAUUUCCAACAUCUUGCAUAAUGUAUAUACUACAUAUUACCAGAUUUUCUCAAGUCAUGUUGUCUUCCUCCGUCUGUUUUAAUGACAUACUUCUUUCUAGAAGAUGCAUGCGGUCUCGUCAUAUGUCCUCAUAGAUCUCCGAAUAACACAAGUCAAACAACGUGAUGGCACUGCGUUCUUG